AUGAGUAGUAAAACAGCACCUCUACAAAAUGUAUCUUUCCAAGAAUUGUACAACGUCGUUUGUGGUGCCGCCUCUCAGAACCCAGCAGAAAUGCGAGCCGCCUCCGAGCGCUUGAAGGAGUUGCUCGAAGUAUCAGGAACCUGUAAUGCUCUUCAGGAGAUUGCUCUGCAGAAGACGGCUCCUCUCCAAGUUCGCCAACUGAGCUUAAUCCAGUUCAAGAACCUGAUCACCAACCGAUGGAGGUCUCGAAAAAUAAUUGCUGAUGACGAGAGACCAAUAAUUAAGACUCGUUGUAUGAAUCUUCUGGAGGAAGAAGAUGACUUAAGAACAUUGCGCGCUUUUUACGCUGUAAUCAAGGAGUUCUCUCAGAUGUCAUUUGGGAGUCAGGCCGCGACGAUGGCCGAGCUCGUAGAACGGUUCCAUGCUACCCUUACAAACUACUACAUCAAGCUGUCUGAGAAUUUUUCGCUUCUGGACCUGGCUAGUUUGGGCAAUGAACGCACCACUGAAGACCUCAUGUUCAUGCACAUCAUAUUCAAGUGUCUCGCCAAUGUCGCAGCUUGGUUGCGGAAAUCGUCACAGAAAACUGUGUAUGAAAAGUAUGAGUUGUGGGUGGUACAAGCUAAUGCAUCUCCUAGCCUCAUCGACGAUUCUCCUGAUGCGGUCUAUCCUAUUCGCUUCCUAGUGCAAGGCAUGGUCUUGUUCAAGGAUAGUCUUGCACAAUGGGUGCCUGUCCGCAAAGAUGGGUCUGAGAAUGUUACAGUCCCAGUAAAUCAAGCUUUGCCAAAAGAGUUCGUGGACCGUGCUGUGACUGUUCUGGUCACGAACUUCAUACCCCUCAAGCCGUCUGAUUUGGAGGGUUGGAUGGCGGAUCCGGAAGAAUGGGUGAAUAGUGAAGAAAAGGAGAACGAACAGUGGGUCUUCCAGAUUCGUCCGUGUGCCGAAAGGGUGCUUCUUACUUUUGCGAACCAGUACACGCAGUAUGUUGCCCCACUCCUGGUUGAUGCUUUCAACGCAGUCGUGUAUGGUAUCACUUUCAAUCAAUGGCUAGAUGUUGCUUCUAGCGAGGUCAAUAGUCCCAACACUGACUACUUAAUCGUCAAACGGCGCAUUGCUUGGUUGAUCGGCAAGUGGGUUGGGGACAAGUGUGCAUCUCCAAACGAUGUACGGAUUUGGCAAAUUUUGGUGCACUUGUUACAAGACAAAGGUACAGGAACUGAAGUCGUUCGACUUACCGCUGCAGCAGCAGUGCGAGAUUGUGUCGAUGCGCUGGGCUUCGACCCUCAAAUGUUUUCCCCAUUCCUGGGUCAAACGGCAUCUGAAAUUUUGCAGCUCAUUGGGGAGGCUGAAACAUUGGAAAGGAAUACAAAUGGGGAGGAUUAUCUGUUUAAAGGCUCAAUUAUGAGGGUUGUGGCGCAGCUUGUGUCGUCUGCGAAAGAAGAUUCUGCUUCGUUAUCUGUAAUCGUUGUCCCUCUUCUUCGCGAGUCGCUGUCGCCUAGCCUUAUCUCUCACCUUGACGAGGAUGCUCUUUCCCUUUGGUCGACCGCACUGAGGAAUACAAACACUAUCGAGGGUAUCAAUGGUGGUCCUGGUUUGAUCGAUCUCGUCCCACUCGCCAUAUCUUUGUUGGCUGGCAAUCUAGAUCUUCUCGGAAAGAUCACAACAAUUCUAGAAAGUUAUUAUUUACUUGGUGCAGGUCAAGUCGUGCAGAGACACGCUGCGGACCUCUUCACAGCAUAUCGUACGGCGAUGGACCAGGCGCCCAUAAUGAAUAUCAAAUGUUUAGCUGUGUCUCUUAUUCUCCUCUUCCAAAUGGCGCCUCCAGCCACGUACGCCGAGGCAUUGCAUACAUCUGGGUUGUUCUCAAAAUUCAUGACAGCUAUCGUGGAAGACGAUUCGGAUGCACUCAUCCUCACGCAUUAUAUCACACUUAUGGCGCGCAUCGCCAUCGCAGACCAACAGAUGUUUCUUACGCUUAUGGCUGCAACAGCGACGUUGCGAAACACAGAGGAAACUGUCCUCUGGGAGGGCUUGCUGGACCAAUGGUGGCGAAGGUUCGAUAAUAUGUAUGAGCCCCGCACACGCAAGCUUUCCGCAAUGGGUAUCGCGUCACUGGUUUCUACUGGGCGGCGUGAAGUCCUAGAGAGAUUGCACAGCGAGAUAUUCAAUCUCUGGAUGGACGUUCUAGGAGAAGUGAAGGAGACGCUGGAAAAGAAGCAAGAGGAAUCGCUAAACGGUCAAACGACAAUACUUACCCUAUACUGGGAUCAACCACCCCCGUCCUUCUAUAGCAACACUGAAGAUACCCCAGAAUUCGAUCGUCGCAAAGCGUCCUAUGACAAUGACCCUGUGCGCACCACGCCUUUGGCAGGGUUUCUUGCUGCUCGUUUGCAGCAAGCGGAGGCGGCUUGUGGCGGGCCACAAGUUAUGCAAACAGAAUAUCUUGCGAAAGCCGACCCAAUUGUUGUCAAGUCGAUUACGGAAGAAGUUUUCGGCAGGCAAUAGAGUCGAUUGCUAGUUUGGUAUACAAUAACCUGCGAUACUGUCUUGGUAUUAUGAGCAUUUUGAUCGUCUAUCUACCGCUGAAGAAAUGCACGCAUGUUCGC